CGCCGGUCGCCGAUAUCCGCAACACUGCGUAGUCCGUCGAUUGGUCGUCGCGUCACCGUUCCGUCGCCGAUUAUAAGGCCGUAUUAAGACUGUAAUGGUUUUUAAACAAAAUACACUUUUGAUCGAAAAAUGCACAACUCAACGUACGCUUGUUUGUCAAGAUCAAACCCUUUAAAUCAAUCGUCGUCCGAUCAGGAAAGUAUAGAUCGUCAAAACAGUUUAAUGUUUACCAAACUUCCAUUGCCAAAAUUAGAAAAUGAUUUACAAAAUUAUAAUUUGAGGUUGGACACCAGACCAAACUCUGAACAGAACAAAGAUGGUACUACAGAUCAAACGAUAAGAAGGUAUAGAACAGCUUUCACAAGAGAACAGUUGCUUCGAUUAGAAAAAGAAUUUUACAAAGAAAAUUAUGUUUCCCGGCCGAGAAGAUGUGAACUUGCCACCGAAUUAAAUCUUCCCGAAUCGACGAUAAAGGUGUGGUUCCAAAACCGGCGGAUGAAGGACAAACGGCAAAGGAUCGCCAUGGCGUGGCCGUACGCCGUAUACACGGACCCGACGUUUGCGGCUACGGUGCUCCAAGCGGCCGCGGCCAGUGCACACGCCAACGGCACGCUGCCGGACAUAGCGGCCAUCGCCAACGCCUACCAAUACUCGGCGGCAGCAGCGGCCGCGGCCGCAGGGCCUUCGUACUUCCACGGCCCCGGCGGAGGCGGCGGUGGCGAGUACGGUAAGUUCCAGCCUCAGCACUACGUCGGCCCGGUGCCACCACCGCCUCCGGCGCCGCCCACCCAGUCGCUUCAGCAGAUUAUGAAGAAACCGUUUGGGCCGUUCGCCGGCCACCAUCAUCACCAUCACCAUCACCAUCAGUUCGCGUCGGCGGCAGACGUCGCUGCUAUGUCCGCGGCCGCCGACGCCUCCGCGGCCGAAUCGUCGUCCAACAACGGCAACCAGCACGCGGCCGCCUAUGACGGCCACAAGGCUGCGGCGGCCGAUCGCAAAACGCCGACGGCCACCGCGGUGGUGGUGGUAGACAACAGCAAGACGACCAACACGACGACCGCGGCGGCCGCAACGUCGUCGUCGUCGUCGUCCUCGGCCGCGGACGCCACCGAUUUUUCCGGCACGAGCUGCAAGUGCGGCAUAGUCGAUUGCGUGCUGACCACUUCCGGCAAGUCGGUCAACAGCAACGGUGCGAUGGACGAGUCUACGCCACCGGCCGCCGUCGACCGCUUGCCGCCACAGCUGUUUUUCAUGACUUCCGGCGGACCGGAAACCGGCAGGGACGACAUACAGUCGGCCGAAUGUUCGUUGGCCGUCCACAAGCACGUCUACCACAAAGAGUACGCCAAAAACAAACUGUUCCAGCCCUACAAAUCGGACGUGACUACCGCGAAACUCAAUCUGUAAACUAUAAUUUAACACACAUAUAUACAUAUAAUUUUAUUAUUAUUAUUAUCUUCAAUAGUAUUUGGUAAAAAAUUAAAUUAAUGAAUUCAAUAUAAAUAGUACGACUCUCGUUGCAACACUAUAAUAUUAUUACCUAUAGAUAUAAUAAACAAUAUUAAACUGCAAUUUAACACCUGUACCAUACAGGUAUUGAUAAUGAUAAUAUAAAAGAUCAUAGGCGCAUCUUACAGGUCAUGUCUCCUAUCAUUUACAUGCACGACCUGUGAAAUUUGGCAAAACAUGACGUGUAAAUGCGAUGUAUCAAUAAUAAUAUUUCGACUACUUUCAUAUAUCGGUAAUUUUUAUCUCUUCGAUAAAUUAUUAUAUUUUGCACUCGUGAUAUGUUAAUAAAAUUUUUUUUCUUCAAAUUUUGGUGAUCUAACUCCUUAUUUCCCACCUCGUUUCACAUUUAGCUAAGCUUGUGCACGAUAUAUGAAAACAGUUUAAACAUGAAUGUCGCAUGUGAUAUAUAGGUACUUUAUUCAAUAAUAUAUAUAUAUUAUAUAUUAAUAUAAAACACAAUACAAUUAUCUCAUUUGUGCACAAUGAAAUUAUUACAA